AUUUUCAUCCAGCACUGAUACCGUUCAGGGACGACCACCUGCGCUAUCAACCGGCAAGGCGGUGGCUGUCCAAGCUUAGGGUUCGCAAUUCGCAAGCAGCGCUUCAAAGGAUCAGAACUCAUCAACCCCGCUGUGCAAUCAUGUCGACUACCGGGGAAGUCCCUGCCUUCUUCAAGAACAUGGGCUCGGGUAGCCCCAUGCCACGACAGAAAUUCUGUGGCAUGUUCUGUCCAGUUGAAGGAUCUGGCGACAGCAAGACGUUGGAUUUCCAGUCACUGCCGGGGGGCAGUAGAAGGAGUGACGGACAGGUCAUUGACAGGCAGACGGACAUCUCCCAGCCAAGGGUCGAGAUACGGGAGAGCAGAGGAAAAUCAGCCCUGCAAAACCUGGAUGACAGGAGCGACCGUCUCCUGAUCAAAGGGGCGAAGAUCGUGAACGAUGACCAAUCCUUCUGUGCUGACAUCUACAUGGAGGACGGCCAGAUCAAACAAAUUGGCGAGAACUUGAUAGUGCCCGGUGGGGUGAAGAUCAUCGAUGCCCACGGGCGCAUGGUUAUGCCAGGGGGUAUCGAUGUGCACACACGCUUCCAGAUGCCCGACCGGGGCAUGACCUCAGUGGACGACUUCUACCAGGGCACCCGCGCCGCCCUGGCAGGGGGCACCACCAUGAUCAUUGAUCACGUGGUUCCGGAACCCGGGGCCAGCCUGCUGUCAGCCUUUGAGCAGUGGCGUGAGUGGGCGGACAGCAAGUCCUGUUGUGACUACUCCCUGCAUGUGGACAUCACUGAGUGGCACAAGGGAGUUCAGGAGGAGGUGGAGGCCCUCGUCAAGGACCACGGUGUCAACUCUUUCCUUGUCUAUCUGGCUUAUAAGGAUGUUUUCCAGCUUACUGACUCUCAGGUCUAUGAGGUGUUCAGUGUGAUCCGGGACCUGGGGGCCAUUGCUCAGGUCCAUGCUGAGAACGGAGACAUCGUGGCUGAGGAGCAGCGGCGUAUUCUGGAGCAGGGCAUCACUGGACCUGAGGGACACGUCUUGAGCCGUCCUGAAGAGGUGGAGGCGGAGGCUGUCAACCGCUCGGUGACAGUAGCCAAUCAGACUAAUUGUCCCCUCUACAUCACCAAGGUGAUGAGCAAGAGUGCUGCUGAUGUCAUCGCUCAGGCCAGGAAGAAGGGCACUGUUGUGUACGGGGAGCCAAUCACUGCCAGCCUGGGCACAGACGGCUCACACUAUUGGAGCAAGAACUGGGCCAAGGCCGCCGCCUUCAUCACAUCCCCGCCCCUCAGCCCAGACCCGACCACGCCCGACUAUCUCAGCUCCCUGCUCUCCUGUGGGGACCUGCAGGUGACUGGCAGUGCCCACUGCACCUUCAGCACUGCCCAGCGUGCCGUGGGCAAAGACGACUUCACCCUCAUCCCUGAGGGUACCAACGGCACUGAGGAGAGAAUGUCCCUCGUCUGGGACAAGUGUGUGGUGACAGGUAAAAUGGAUGAGAACCAGUUUGUGGCGGUCACCAGCACCAACGCUGCUAAGAUCUUCAACCUGUACCCCCGUAAGGGUCGCAUCGCUGUGGGCUCUGACGCUGACCUGGUACUCUGGGACCCAGAUGUCAUCAAGAUCAUCUCAGCCAAGAGCCACAACUCGAAUGUGGAGUAUAACAUAUUUGAGGGCGUGGAGGUGCGUGGCGCGCCCCUGGUGGUGAUCAGCCAGGGUAAGAUGGUCCUGGAGGAGGGGAACCUCCACACCACUGAGGGGUGCGGCCGCUUCGUGGGCCGGAAGCCCUUCUCCGACUACGUCUACAAGAGGAUAAGGGCUCGCAGCAGGCUGGCUGAGCUGAGGGGAGUUCCCCGAGGCCUCUAUGAUGGGCCUGUCUGUGAGGUGUCACUCACACCCAAAACUAUGACUCCUGCCUCUUCUGCCAAGACCUCUCCAGCCAAGCAGGCAGCAGCUGGUGCCCAGCCUGUCCGCAACCUGCACCAGUCAGGGUUCAGCCUAUCUGGUGCUCAAGUUGAUGACAACCUUCCUCGACGUAACACCCAGCGCAUCGUGGCGCCACCCGGUGGCAGGGCCAACAUCACCAACCUGGGUUAACAACUCCUAUAGGCCACCAGGGGAAAUGAGGGCUUGAGGGGAGGGGUAUCAGGGACUAGGGGCCUUUCCACCAGGAGGCAAACCCUCUAGCUACAGUGCCUGACCAAAUCUCCCCUCCUCAAUCUCUCAACCCCUCUCACGCUCCCUACAUCUUUCCCCGACUCUUUCCACCCCAACCCCCAAAUGCCCCACCCUAGAGGAGAUACAUACAAAUUAUUUGCCUCAUUUGAAGAAGAAAAAAUGAAAAAACAACACUCCUAAUAUGAGCACUUUGGACUGUAUUAUUUCGUGUUUUGUACUGUACUUUCUACCUGCCAUGUAUCAUUCAGUUUUGUUUUUUAUUUUCAUGUUAUAAUAGAGGGCUGAAGUGAGACUAGACUGAGCAGUUUUAACACGGCCAGAAGGUCAAGACGGUGCUUGUUGCAUUUGCAUAGAGGAAGUGCAUUCCGUCUCUCUUUUGUAAUUUUGGAUGUAUGGUGAAUGAAGUAUGGAGACACAAGGGCAGCAUGUUGUACUUGUGUUUUACCUUCACAUAAUAGACGGGUUGGUUGUUUAGUAACAAAACCGACGUGUGUGCAACUAUUAGGCAAAACAGACAGUGUUGGCUUAAACUAUUGACAACAUGUAAACUCUAUUUAGUCUCCAAAUGUUUAUUGAAAACAUAAAUACAUUUGCACAAUGAGCAUUUGUCUCUCAAAUACAUUGUUACAGUUGUAAGGUUAGCGAGCUAGCGAAUUUGAGCCAUAUUAGCAUAGACAUGACAUCAGUCAAAACACUUUGAAACAAGACAUGGUAUCAAUAUCAAGAUUCAACGAGCUGAAACGAGCCACCUACAAUUCCCUACAUGGCAGCUUCCUGUCAUUGUUGCUCGCUAUUGGUCCGUUCAGAAUCAUAACAACGCACGCCUUCCGGUCACAUUGAUGCGUGCGCAUAACUUUCGUUACGUUGUCGGCCAACCCGUCUAUGGGCACAUUAGAAUAGUUGCGCUAAAAUUGUGUAGUGAACAUGGAGAAUCUAAUAUGCCUUCCUCAAUUGAUAUGUUCACUGUCUGUGUCUGCUUUGUCUUUGUUCUCUACUGUUUACACAGCUUCGCCCUCCAGUGUGAUUUUCAUCUCCCACACUGUUCAGAUCAGUUCAGCACUGGCUAUGAUCGACACCAUUUAUUGGCUUGUUGCUAUAAGGAAAAUGAUUAUGAGACUGUAAAACCGUCCAUUGUUAUCGUUUGAAAAUCACUGCACGCUGGUAGUAAGCUGUCCUCGUCCCCAGGCUACGCGGUGAUACAUGAGAUUAGUAUAAGUCAAACCACUGUAGUGUUGAAAACCUAAGAGGAACUUGUCACUGGUGCUCACCUCAUGUCAUCCCUCCCGUAGCUUUGUUAGAUUCUAGAUGAAAUGAAAAAACAUGCCCCAUAUUUGAAAGCUGCUUGUGAAACGGGGAAAGUCCAGUACAGUAGGAGAAGGAGUUGGCGGGCGUUGAAUAGAACGCUGUCUCCCAGGGAGAGGCCAUUAUUGAACUUCCAUGAGAGGAGAUGUGACUCAAAGUUAGGAUGUUGGGAGGAGUGUAGCUGGGUGGAAGGGAAGGAAGAAAGAUGUUGGUGAGAAUACUAGGCAAUGCCCAAUUUCUCAUAGCCUCGUUCAAUUCAGCCUCUUAGCAAGAUGGUGCCACACUCCUUGUACUCAGCUACGCUGUAGUACAGUAUGUGUCCACUGCCCAUAUACCUGGCUUGAAGGGUAUUGUGACCACUCACUGUUAUGGGAUCUUUAAGAUCCAUAGACCAUUUAAUUGACAGUGUUGCAGGUAAUCACAUGUAUUGGUCACAUACACAUAUUUAGCAGAUGUUAUUGCGGGUGUAGUGAAAUGCUUGUAAGAUAGCAUCCUCCCACUGUUCUAGAAUGUCCCAGUACCAACCAGUGCAUUUAGAAGACUCACGGUCUUUUCUAUUCAUCCACUCCAUUUCCCUUUUAACUCUUUAUGUGCCUGAACCCAUAGAAUUUGUACUGAUAGUUUGAUUUGUUAUUAUUCUUAUUGUGGUAAGAGAAGGAUGUAAGAUAAAAAUGUAAAAUAGCCAGUGUUAACCGAUACAAAGGUGCCAGAUUUUGUUCUUUGGUAUUCCACUGGUAGUGCUCCUGUAAAACAAAAUCUAUGCUUAAUAUGUUGAAAAUGUUUCAAUGUUUUAGGGUUUUUAACCGUACUUGUUUCUGCUAUUUAGUGUCAUUCUGUACUUAGUGGCCUAAGGCUGAACACUAUUCAUUUGAGCUUGAAAGUAGACAUGGAGUAAUGUAUUUCUAACUAGUGUGCAGUGUUAUGUUGUGAGGGUCUGGGCACACACACACACACACACACGCACGCACACACACACACGCACGCACGCACACACACACACACACACACACACACACACACACACACACACACACACACACACACACACACACACACACACACACACACACACACACACACACACACACACACACACACACACACACACACACACACACACAGGUCUCAGUGCACCACUCCUUUGGGCCCAGACCUGGAGUGACAGUAAUGGUCCUUCACUCUCACUCAUUUUGCACAGUCUGGUUUUCAUUAAGGCAAAGCAGUCCUCCAGCUGUUUUCCUUCCUUCACUCGCAUGUUGGUGAGAUCUUGGCCUAAAAGUUGCCAUUCUGCAGUCUUCGCCUUUUCCUCUCCAUGACUUAAUACAGAGCAAAACACUCACUCACACUGUUAUGCACACACAGACACACACACUGUUAUGCACACACAGACACACACACUGUUAUGCACACACAGACAGACACACACUGUUAUGCACACACAGACACACACACUGUUAUGCACACACAGACACACACACUGUUAUGCACACACAGACACACAUGCUGUUAUGCACACACAGACACACACACUGUUAUGCACACACAGACACACACGCUGUUAUGCACACACAGACACACACACUGUUAUGCACACACAGACACACACACUGUUAUGCACACACAGACACACACAAUGUUAUGCACACACAGACACACACACUGUUAUGCACACACAGACACACACACUUGCACGCAUGCACUCACGGAACAAGUGGUGUCUGUAUGUCCUUCCAGCUCAUUGGAACUUUGGUUUUCAUGGCCGUGUUAAGGUCUCAUAGGAAGCUCUUAAAAGGUAGUCUCUGUCAGGGUAGUAACAGUAUCUGUGUUUAUGGAAUCCAUAGCAGGGAAAUGAAAUGUUGACACUUCAGUGUCACUGCCUACAGGGAAUGAGAUGAGACAGGGAUGGGAGGGAAGGUGGUGUUGAGCUGUCUGCUUGUUAGUGUUCAAUCACUCAGGUGGCAGCGUUCAGGCCACUCCAGUGCUUAUACUCCAACAAAACUGUCAAAUCUCCCAUGUGAGAUUAGGGCUAGGACAAGUCUUCGUCCUCACAUGUGUAGAGUACAAGGCUGAGCAAACCAUCUCUUUAGUCUACAUUUACCUCCUCUCUUCUUCUAUCAUUCUCAUUGAGAUAUUAUGGUCAUUAUGAUUUUGAUUAUUAUUAUCAUGAUUAUUGUUGUCAUUAUUAUUUUUACUAUGAUCACUAACAAUAUUUAAAAUCGUUGAUUCUCCAGAUGUUGUUCUCGAUCCAAUGAAAAACCCUAUUCUGGUGUUUUGGCAUCUUUUCAGCAUGAGUCUCCUAGUUGCUUGCUUAGUGUUGGAAUGCAUAUCUCUCAAACAGAGGUUGACGCAGGGUUAAAAUGAUUCAUCCCUCUAUUCCCAUAGACUGGACUUUUUUCACUCUGAUUUGGGGGAGGGGGGAAAGAGGGGGCUGCCGAAGCACAUACAUUUUGGCAGCCAGGCGUACAUGAGUCCUCCUGAGACUAAAAGUAUGUCUUCGCUUGUUUCCACCCCAUUCUUCCUCUCUCUCUGGCUCUUCCAUUGUUGCCACAUUGCCUUGACAAUGAGGCCCUCCAGGCCUCACUUUUUGUUUGUCAUGGCAACGCUUGUCAGAUCGUAAGUUACCCAUAGCAACCCGUCCAGACCUGGUGCUAUUAGAAUAACAUAGUGCCCGUGGCAGACUAGCUGUAUGGAAGCCAUGCAGACUAUAGAACUCCCUCCUCUCUCUCACACAUACACACACCCUCACACUUACACUUCUCUACCCUUCUUUUCUAAAAUGAACUGUUGCUGCAGACUUCACCCAGUUUCAGUGUGUCACCAUUUGUAUAUAAGCUUAUGGCUAGUUGGGUGGGAUCGACAUGCUUCUUCUGACCCAUGAUUCGUGGGCCCUGAAUUGUGUCAUUGAGAGGGCGCCACAAGCUUCACAUGAUAGCAAUUACCCAGAACUCCUCUACACGGCCACAUAUAUCUACCCUCUAGGCACACACUGGUUGAAUCCACGUUGUUUCUAUGUAAUUUCAAUAAAAUGAUCCUGAACCAACGUGGAAUAGAUGUCUGUGCCCAGUGGGUACCAUGCACCCAGCGCUGUCUGCAGCUGUGGUGGAGCACAAUGCCUAAAGCAUUGACUCAGAUAUUAUAAACCAGCUGCCAACGCCGGCCUCGCCAUCGUGUCCCCUCCAUAUACAAAAACACACAUGAAAGCAUACACAUAGACGCACACAAUCCUCCUUCUUGCUCUGUCAGCUUGGAUAUUUUUCUAUGCUACGCUAAUAUGUGAUGUAAGCGAAACGCAGAUUGAGAGAAGCGCUUUAGGUUUGAGGCUGCUAAUGCUGUUAAAAUCCCACCCGCACCCCUGUCCUCCCCCCUCCACCUAACCCCUUCCCAUUGUGAAAGUAACUGUGUGAUGGUGUUUGUCUUGAUGGCUGUGGGGUUUUGAGGAUGCUUGCUCUCUAUGGAAAGUGUCAAAUCCCAUGGAUGGUGAUGUAAAAACAAUGAUUUCAAAGAAUUAAAGGAUAAAAUAA